CUGGCAGCUGUCAGACUCUAGUCUAAUCAUAGAUACUGUAUGUAUGCUCUAAUUUACCGAAUAAAUGUAACUUCAAACAUAAAGAAACAAUUUCUUCAUGGUCUGAUACCCAUGUGCUCAAACGUGUUCACUAUUGUUCUCUUUAUCCAUUUGCUGCUCAAUGUUGUAAUGACUGAUAGAGACCAGUCUAAUAAAGAACUGGUUCUAUACACGCAGCCAUCAUUUUUGAAAGUUUUUUCUAAAGACGUACGUCUUUUUGAAGUAAAUGGAGUGACUUGGAAAGUGAAGCAGGAUUGGAACCAAUUAGGAGUAGCUGGCGUUAUUUGGGAAUCAGCAUUGAUUCUCUCUCGCUAUCUUGUUGAUAAUAAUCAUCUCAUCAAAGGAAGAAGUGUCAUUGAAUUAGGUGCUGGUACAGGUCUCGUGGGCAUGGUAACAGCAACAUUAGGAGCUGAGAGUGUAGCAGUUACUGACAAGGAAAUGAGAAUGAUCCAAGAGAACCUUUCUUUGAAUCGAGACCACCUCAAUCAAUCUUGCAUUACUCCACUAUUCUAUGAAUGGGGAUCACCAUUGCCUCUCUCAUCACAUAUUGAUGUUGUAUUAGGCUCUGAUAUUAUCUACAUAGAGGAGACAUAUCCACUACUUAUACAUACAUUGAAUGAAUUGUGCACUAGUCCUGAUGUACUAGUAUUGCUCUCAGCUCAAGAAAGAUACGACAAGGUCAAGUUAUUUAUGAAGCAGCUGCUUCAAGGUGGUGGUUUUACUUCAAACGUUGUCGGCACAGAAGGGACAGUAAGGAUUUUUAGCAUACGUAAGACACUGUGAUAUUUCUUAAAGUAAAAAAAUAUAUAUAAUUUUACAAUAUGUAAUGAUAUGAAAAUGAACAUCAAAACUUAUGUGAUAAAA